GGGACGAUUUCAAAGUUACGAAGUUUACGUGCUCGCGUUAUUCGGCCAUGCAAGUGUCUGUGCUCGGUGUGAGAGGGUCCCGACUCCUGGGAACCCUUCUGGGGACAAGGGCCCUGCAUGUUACUCCUGAAAAUGCCUCGGCCAGAGUGGCAGUGGUUCUCUCUGGCUGUGGCGUUUAUGAUGGGACAGAGAUACAUGAAGCGUCCGCGAUGCUGGUUCAUCUGAGUCGUGCAGGAGCUGAAGUGAAGAUGUUUGCUCCGGAUGUCGCUCAGAUGCAUGUUAUAGAUCACAACAAAGGCCAGCCUGCAGAAGAGAGCAGGAAUGUUCUUGUGGAGUCAGCCCGGCUUGCAAGAGGUGACAUCACGGCCUUGUCACAGCUGAAAGCACAGGAUCAUGAUGCUGUCAUAUUCCCUGGCGGGUUUGGGGCAGCCAAGAACCUAUCCUCAUUCGCUGUAGAUGGGGAAUCUUGUUGUGUUCACCAGGAUGUUGAGCGUGUUCUACAGGAGUUUAGCAAAGCUAAGAAACCUAUUGGGUUGUGUUGCAUCGCCCCCGUGCUUGCAGCUAAGGUGCUUCCUGGAGUGGAGGUGACAGUGGGGCAGGAGGAUGAGCAGGGAGGAAAGUGGCCAUAUGCAGGAACCGCAAAAGCCAUUUCUGCCCUAGGAGGGAAGCACUGCGCCAAGGAGGUGCAUGAGGUGCAUGUAGAUGUUAAGCACCGCGUGGUCAGCACCCCAGCCUUCAUGUGUAACGCCCCCCUGCACAAAAUCUUUGAUGGAAUCGGUGCAAUGGUCCAGGGGGUGCUCAGACUCACAGGGAAGUGAUGUGCGCACACAGCUUUGUUCUGUUAAUAAGCACAGCAGCUGUAAAGUGACUGUAAUAUGCUAUUGCACACACCGUGCUUCUGAUGACAAUAAUAAUAAUACAAAGUGAUGACACCCACGCUGUCGGUGAAUAUGACAGACAGACACUGGGAACCCCCAUCUGCCCAGCAAUAAAUGCUACUUUUGUGUGUGCAUACUCUGUGAUUUCUGCUCAGCACCUCAUCCAGUAGAAUAAAAGGCAAAUAGCUUA